UAUAAGUUCCAAUUGUUUGUGUCUUCUAUUUUUUUCUACCGCACUCUUCAAUCAAAUCAUAUAUCCAAAAAAUUCCCCUCGCUUUCUUGGCAAAAUACUUUUUCUUGAUCUUUCAAUGUCAGAAGAAUUUCAAGAAUCCGAGGUUAUCUUUUCGGAUGAGUAUUUCACGAAGAAGAGAGACAUCAAUAGUACUAGCAACAACGAAAACAAGAAAGAUAAGACGAAGGCGACGGAGAAAAUUUCAUCUCCGGUGAGAAUACCGUCAAGAACUAUUUUCCGGUGUACGGAAGAGGUGGAAGAGGAUGGAGAGAUGACUCCGCCGCAUGUCAUAAUGGGAAAACGUAGAACGGAGACGCAAAUGGCGUUUUCGUUUUGUAGUCUUAAGGGAAGAGACUUGCGUCGACAUCGUAACUCCGUUCUUAGGAUGACCGGUUUUUUGGAAGUUUAGUUGAUCUUGAAAUUAAUAUAUAAAAAAUGAGAAUCGGUCCGAUUUAAAAUUGGUCUAUUUUGGUUCGGUCUACGUCAUUUUUCAUCAUUUGGAUGUAAUGUAAUAUUAGCUUUGAAACGAACCAAUUAAGGUAUCAUGUUUUACACGUAUAGCAUAGCGUUGAAACGAACCAGCGUACCACGAUUCGUUGUAUUUGGUGAAGAAACAAGUAUUUUGCUGCGAAUAUAUUUUCCCAUAUUUUAUCAGGUAAAAUGUUAAAUUUCCGGUUAA